GCUGAGAGCCACUAGUAGUGUUUGAAGAUCUGCCGCCGCCGCCGCUGCUGCUGUUGCUGCUGCUGCCGUUGCCAUUGCCGUCGGAUGUGGAGCGAAACUUUAGAAGGAAACAACCUAAAACCGGGACGGUGUACCGCAUCCACAUAUAGUUUGCUGGUGGGUUCUCGUGAAGAGAGAGUGUGCUUCCUGGUGCUGAGAGCGCCGAUUUUACUCCGCCGCGCGUCGAAUGAAAAUAAACCGCAGUCAGAUAAAAUCCGAAAGAUAAUUAGUAUUUAGUUCGGGAAGUGUGCUUGAACCGGCCAAAUGUACUACGCGGUAUUUCUCGGGGACAACUGUGGUGUGUAGUGAUUUUGCGCGAGAACUCUGCGUGAAAGUUUUCCGCCCCAGAAAAGACGCCGUCCGGCGUUUCGGGGUCAAGUGAAAUCCACCACUCACCGAGGUGGUCCCUUUCGCGCAAAUGGUGGUCCUCAGAUGGUGAACUGACCGCAACCGGGGCCGGGGAAACUCUUCGGGUUGGUUCACACGCAAGUGUCUCCCGGCCUCCGAAAUUAAUGUCUCCCUUUUCACCGAAAAUGACUUCCAAAGUGAAUAAUUACUCAUUGACACAGAGCGAUUGGUGGUGGGUUGCAAUCAUAAUUAAGGCCAGCAGCAAAACCACGACCCCUCGAUCGUAUAGACAGCAGGCCCAACUGAUCCUGAACACGGAAACGUAGCAUCACCAUCAGCAGCAGUGCGUGUGAUAAUAGCCGUAGGGUACGAAUUUCGCCAAAAAUAAGAAGAAAAAAACGGUUGUACCUCGAACUGGGUAGUUCAGUGCCCGUCGAAAUUGAUUACUUAGGCAAGUGACGCUUUAAAACUCGGUAUGAACAGCAAAAAUAACUAACAUUGACCGCGGAUCACGACUUAAUUAAAACUCAAUAAAACCGAUAAAAAGAAAAAGUUCAGUGAAAAUCUCGGGUGUACAAGUGAAUCCGAAGGCAGCUUACGUGAAAGUACUCGCUCGAAAAGUCGGAUGCCGUUGGAGUGCUCGGACGGACGGUGGUCAUUGAUUGUUUGUAGAACCAGUCGGUGGGUUCGGUCGGUCGAUCGCUCGGGCUAAUCGGUCGGGUCGGGUCGGAUACGGAUCGAACGGUGGUGGGGGAAAACAGUCGCUAUAGUCGCUUUUUAUAGGCUGUGAUAUUUGCUGCCACGGGGCGGCAAGUUGUGCGGUAGCACGCAAGCAGAAUCCUCCCGUGACAUACAACCGCGUACUCGUCGUCGCCAGCGGAGCACUCGGUAGCACUACAGAGUAGCAACAUGCGUUUUGUGCUGAUUGCAAUUUAUUUGAUAUUAAUUAUGCCCAUCACUGGAUCAUGGUGGGCCGAAGGCAGCAACAUUCUCCUGGAUCCAGCCCAGGUCUGCGAGAAUAAACACAAAAAAACGAAGCGGCUCACCGGGAAGCUGGCCGACAUCUGCAAGAAUGACACCUCCCUGAUGAAGGAAAUCAAACGGGGAAUAAAUUUAGGAUUUCGAGAGUGCGAGAAUCAAUUCCGUAACAAUAUGUGGAACUGUUCGUGGACGAUCAAGCGCAGCAUGCGGAGGAUAUUGAUGCGAGAUACACGCGAGACAGCAUUCGUACACGCAAUCACAGCCGCUGGAAUUACGUAUGCAGUUACGAAGGCUUGCACAAUGGGAGAUCUGGUGGAAUGUUCUUGCCAAAACCACGUGAAAAAGACCGUCCAGAGCUAUGUCAAUGGUGGACCCGAGGGCGUUACCGGAGUUACCGUGCCUAUCGCUGGAAUCGAUGGAACUGGGCCGGGAACUUUAGCUUCUGGAAAGGCUAAGGGCAGCCGUAGGCCGAACAAUGGUAGAAAGAUGAAAACACGCAAUACGAUGCUGAUCACGUCAUAUCGAAACGUCAAUAGCAAUUUUAACAACUACAACAGUAUAACGUCUUCGGCGAGAGUGAACAAAAAGGAAAUGAUCAAAUCAUUGCAAAACCAAAAAUCAAAAUCCACCGGACAAGACGGCAGCUGGGAAUGGGGUGGCUGUGAUGAUAAUGUCAACUUUGGGUUCAGAAAGUCGAAAGAUUUCUUGGACGCGAGGCUACGUAAGAAGAGUGAUAUCCGGACCCUGGUGAAACUACACAACAACAACGCUGGAAGAUUGGCCGUCAAACAGUUUAUGCGAAUGGAGUGCAAAUGUCAUGGACUAUCCGGUUCCUGUACCAUGCGAACCUGCUGGAUGAAGAUGCCUCACUUCGUCGAGGUAGGAAUCCGGUUGAAGGAACACUUCGACGGAGCUACGAAGGUGAUAGCCAGGAACGACGGUCACAGCUUCAUGCCGGACGAUCCGUCGAUCAAGCUUCCGACGAAACGGGAUCUUGUUUACACCGAAGACUCGGACGAUUUCUGCGAGCCUAAUCCGAAGACGGGUUCACUGGGUACGCACGGUCGGGAGUGUAAUGCCACUUCCAAUGGAGUCGACGGGUGCAAUCUGAUGUGCUGUGAGCGAGGACAAACGAGAAAGCAGGUUGAGGUCAAGCGAAACUGUAAGUGUAGCUUUAAGUGGUGCUGUGAAGUUACCUGCAGUACGUGCAUUGAUGUGAAAGAGGUCUACAGCUGUAAAUAGGAAUGGCCAGGUUGGCGUUUAGGUUGAUGGUAGGCUAGGUAGACGAUUGUAGUCGCUGCAUUUGUUUCUAGUUGGCAAAAACGUUUCCUAGAAGAACUCUCCAAGUGAACCCGGCAAGACUGAUCGAAGUGACAACAGCAGAUGAAGGAGGAAUUUUUAUUUAAAAAAAAUCAGUUAUAAUGUCUGUAUAGAUUGAAUUGUUUAGGAACUGGAAUCAAAUUGAUUGAAAAAUAAAACUUGUUGUGUUAUAGCAGUGCAACUUACCAGAUCUUUGAAUAAGCUUUAAUCAAACCGUAGCUGUGUAAAGCUUCCAAGAAAGCAGCGCUAUUAAAUAGAGUAUUAACGCAAUAUUUAUUGUUAAGUGUGGAUAAAUCUGGGCUUGUAAAACUU